AUGUAUAUAAAACUCAUAGCCGUUGUUGGGAUUUUCAUCGGGGGAAGUAAGGCGGCUACUGUGUGCUCUGCAGACAACUGCUACAGAGCACUCUUCCCCUGCCCAACACCCACAGCCGUAUCCCAAGCUGCUGCGUUUUGCGCAACGAUCACCAGCGGCGGAGUGACAGCAACAAACUUCCCUGCCCGCGCAACAGCAGCAUGCGGCACCUCAGCAGCCCGCUAUAUCUCGGCCUGUAAAUGCGGACCAACGUGCACGACUACCGCAGCAUGUUCCACUCCCACCGCCGGUCUCAUAUACGGAGAUUUCGAGUGCGGGAUUCCGCCGUGGACGACGCAGAUUCCAGAUGCCGCUGCUUCCGUGAAGGUUUCCUCGCCGGGGUUCACGAACCAGAAGGCUUUUGAAGUUGAUUUCACCCCGCCAUCGGUGGUCACUGAGUUUGGUGUGAGUGCGAGGAUCAUCGGACCAGCUGCUCCGGUGAGCCCGGGUAAGACUUAUAAACUCACGUUCGCGACGUGGUUUGAGUUUGGAAGUUCUGGGUUCACAGGUGUGAUGAUCAAUGAUAUCCCGUAUCGAACGAUCGAUCCGAAUGAUUAUGGGAUGGGCCAUUGGCAUUUCAAUCAGCUUGCCUGGACUGCGAAUGCGACCGAGACAACUGCAACUCCGAAGUUCGAGUUUCUGUUUAGUCCAUCGCAGAGUGUGGCUAAAGUUGAUGAUGUGGUGUUUGCUGCUUUGUCUGCAACGUGUAAUGCGAACCCACCAGUUGGCAUUCUACCUGAUGGAGAGUUCGAAUGUGGUCUUGGUUCCUGGACCACCCAGAACCCAGAUUCAGCAGCAACAGUCAGCAUCAGUACCGGCAGCGCGUAUAUUGGUAGCAAGGCCUUUCAAGUUGCAUUCAAGCCACCUCCACAGAAUGCACCGUUGGGCGUGAGCGCGAGAUUGAUCAGCAAGAAGCUUACCGUCGUACCGGGCACGGCUUACUAUCUUCAAUUCUACACAUUUUUUGAUAAUGUGAACGCCGGUUUUAUCGGAGUGAUGAUCAAUGAUCAGGCUGUCUAUACGAUUGAUGCUGCCGAUAAAGGUGCUGGGUACUAUAAUGUAAAUGAUGUGAUUUGGACGCCCGCGACUGGGGUGAAGACGGCCACGAUCAAGUUUGAAUUCUUGUUUGGUAAUGGACCAGCUUCUGUCGAUCGGAUCGAUAGUAUUAUUUUCCAGCCUUUCAAUCCUUAG